UAUUCCAUUUUCCAUCCUUUUCUCUUCCCAUAACAAAAUCAUCAUUCACCAGCACUGUGAUUUUGGAUUUUCCGGCGAGAUUUGAUCAGAGUUUAAUCGGAGAUCGGCGCUGAAAUCGAAUCAUGUUUCUGUUUGAUUGGUUCUACGGAAUUCUUGCAUCUCUCGGUUUGUGGCAGAAAGAGGCCAAGAUCUUGUUUUUAGGGCUUGAUAAUGCCGGAAAGACUACCUUGCUUCACAUGUUGAAAGAUGAGAGAUUGGUACAGCAUCAACCGACACAGUAUCCGACAUCAGAGGAAUUGAGUAUUGGGAAAAUUAAGUUCAAAGCUUUUGAUUUAGGUGGGCAUCAGAUCGCUCGAAGAGUCUGGAAGGACUACUAUGCCCAGGUGGAUGCUGUAGUGUACCUUGUUGAUGCUUAUGACAAAGAGAGAUUUGCGGAGUCCAAAAAGGAGUUGGAUGCCCUCCUCUCGGACGAGUCACUUGCAAAUGUCCCAUUUCUCAUACUUGGGAACAAGAUUGAUAUACCCUAUGCUGCAUCAGAGGAUGAGUUGCGAUAUUACUUGGGUUUGACUGGCAUUACUACUGGUAAGGGUAAGGUUAACCUUGCCGACUCAAAUGUCCGCCCUCUCGAGGUCUUUAUGUGCAGCAUCGUUCGCAAGAUGGGAUACGGUGAUGGCUUUAAGUGGAUGUCCCAAUAUAUUAAGUAGGAGAAUGAAUGGGCAAACAUACGUGCUGAGCUACCUAAUAGUAAUUUUCAUGACACUGCUGCAUGCAAUUUCUUUUGAACAGUUAGAUGGUAUAAAUUGCAUAAUUGAAAGUUUAGCAUGUUGUUUUUCUUAGCACUUUUACCUUGUUAGCUUGCUGACAAUAUCUUUUUCAUUUUCCAUUUUUUUUGGGUGGGGAAGGUUAAGUUCUUUCUGUUUUCUUUCUUCGUAUUUGAUGCAAAAUUGCAGGAAAUGGUCC